CCCUGUCUGUCGCUCUCUUCCCCAUUUCGCCGCUUUGUUUUCAUUGUCGCCCUUUUGACCAUGGCUGCUCAUUCUACCGAAGAACCGUUCCCCUUCCACGGGCUGCUCCCCAAAAAAGAAACCGGCGCUGCGUCUUAUCUUAUCAGGUUCCCAGAGUACGAUGGCCGGGGGGUGCUCAUCGCCAUUCUCGAUACCGGCGUGGACCCCGGGGCCCCUGGCAUGCAGGUCACAACUGAGGGGAAGCCAAAGAUUGUCGACAUCAUCGACACGACAGGCAGCGGUGACGUGAACAUGACCACGGUGGCAGAGCCGAAAGAUGGGACCAUCGCUGGCCUCUCUGGUAGAACACUUAAGAUCCCUCCUGCCUGGGUCAAUCCUUCAGGGAAGUAUCGCAUUGGAGUUAAAAAUGGCUAUGAGUUCUUCCCUAAGGCUCUCAAAGAAAGAAUACAGAAAGAGCGAAAGGAGAAGACGUGGGACCCACCACACCGCGCAUCACUAGCUGAGGUCUCUCGUAAGACGGAAGAGUUUGACCUCUCUCACCCAUCACCGUCACAGAUGGAGAAAUUGCAGAAGGAAGAGCUGCAGAGUCAGUCAGAGUUGCUGGUGUCAUUAGAAAAGAAGUACAAUGAUCCUGGUCCUGUAUAUGACUGUGUGCUUUGGCACGAUGGCGUCACAUGGAGGGCUGUAGUCGACACUUUCGAGAAUGGAGAGCUGUCCCAGAGCACUGUGCUUUGCUCCUACAGAGAGACGCAAGAGUAUGCCACAUUGGGAAAUGCUGAGAUGCUUAACUACUCUGUUAAUAUUUACGAUGAGGGAAACACACUCUGUAUCGUCACCAGUGGAGGGGCUCAUGGGACACAUGUGGCAAGCAUUGCAGCCGGUUACUUCCCAGAGGAACCUGAGCGAAACGGUGUGGCUCCUGGUGCCCAAAUCCUGGCUCUGAAGAUUGGAGACACCCGCCUCAGCACCAUGGAAACAGGCACAGGACUCAUCCGCGCGAUGAUUGAAGUCAUCAACUACAAGUGUGACCUGGUGAACUAUAGCUACGGGGAGGCCACCCACUGGCCCAACACAGGGAGGAUUUGUGACGUGAUCACAGAGGCUGUGCAGAAGCACAAUGUAAUAUUCGUUUCAAGUGCAGGAAACAAUGGUCCGUGCCUCUCCACUGUCGGCUGCCCGGGGGGAACCACCAGCACUGUCAUAGGAGUUGGCGCAUAUGUGACUCCAGACAUGAUGGUGGCAGAGUAUUCCCUGAGGGAGAAGCUGCCUCCCAAUCAAUACACCUGGUCGUCCAGGGGCCCCAGCACAGACGGGGCCCUGGGUGUCAGCAUCAGUGCGCCUGGUGGGGCCAUUGCCUCUGUACCCAACUGGACUCUUCGUGGUACCCAGCUGAUGAACGGCACAUCUAUGUCCUCUCCUAAUGCCUGUGGCGGCAUCGCGCUAAUCCUCUCAGGACUGAAGCAGAACGGGAUCCGUGCCUCUGUUCCUGCGGUGAGGAGGGCGCUGGAGCACACGGCUCUGAAGGUUGAUGACAUCGAAGUGUUUGCACAGGGUCAUGGAAUAAUCCAGGUGGACAAGGCAUUAGACUACCUCACUCAACACGCCACUUUGCCCACAAGCAACCUUGGCUUCUCAGUAAGUGUGGGAUCACAGAGAGGCAUCUACCUCAGGGACCCAGCCCAUAUUCUUACCCCCUCAGAUCACGGAGUAGGAAUUGAACCCAUCUUUCCGGAGAACACAGGAAACUCCGAGCGAAUCUCCUUGCAGCUACACUUGGCGCUCACAUGUGCCGCCCCGUGGGUCCAGUGCCCCUCCCAUCUAGAGCUGAUGAACCAGUGUCGUCACGUGAACGUCCGCAUCGAUCCUGUGGGACUGAGAGAGGGAGUGCACUACACAGAGGUCUGUGGGUAUGAUACAUCAGCACCUAGCUGUGGCCCCUUAUUCAGGGUCCCAAUCACAGUCAUCAUCCCCGCCAAAGUGACAGAUAGUCGUAAUCAGGAGGUGUGUUACCCAGACGUCCACUUCAGACCAGGCCAGAUCAAACGCCACUUCAUCACUGUUCCUCAGGGUGCCUCCUGGGCAGAGAUCACACUGACCUCUCAUUCGGGUGACGUGUCAUCAAAGUUUGUUCUCCAUGCGGUGCACCUGGUCAAACAGAGAGCAUACAGAGCGAAUGAAUUCUACAAGUUUUCCUCACUGUUGGAAAGAGGCUCACUAACUGAGGUUUUCCCCGUGCUGUCAGGAAAGAUAGUUGAGUUUUGCAUUGCACGCUGGUGGGCGAGCCUGGGUGACGUCACAGUGGACUACAGCAUCUCGUUCCAUGGACUCAACACUUCCCCUUCACCGCUGCACAUACAUGCCUCAGAGGGAGUGACAAGUUUUGAUGUGUCGUCGCCACUGAGGUACGAGGAGGUGUCCCCCACGAUCACCCUCAAGUCUUGGGUUCAGCCUCUCAGGCCCUUAAAUUCCAAGAUAAAAGCCCUGGGAUUGAGGGACGUUCUGCCUAACAACAGACAACUCUACGAGAUUGUCCUCUCCUACAGCUUUCACCAGCCUAAGAGUGGAGAGGUCACCCCCAGCUGUCCCAUGCUGUGUGAGCUGCUGUACGAGUCUGAGUUUGACAGUCAGCUCUGGAUGCUGUUUGAUCAGAACAAGCGGCUGUUGGGGUCAGGGGACGCUUACCCACACCAGUAUUCUCUGAAGCUAGAAAAGGGGGACUACAGUGUGCGUCUACAGGUCCGCCACGAGCAGUCCAGCGAGCUGGAGCGCCUUAAGGACCUACCAUUUGUGGUUUCUCAUCGUCUGUCCACCACGCUCAGUCUAGAUGUCUACGAGUCGCACCGUGCUGCCCUCAUGGCAAAGAAGAAGGCAAACUCUCUCAACUUGUGCCCAGGUGCCACGCAACCCUUCUACGUCACAGCCCUGCCUGACGACAAGAUCCCAAAGGGGACGAGUCCGGGAUGCUAUCUUUUGGGCUCUCUGGUUGUCCCCAAGAGCGAGUAUGGCAAGAAAGCAGGGCAGGCCUCUGCAAAACGACAAGGGAAGUUUAAAAAGGAUAUCGUGCCAGUCGUCUACCACUUAAUUCCCGCUCCCAACAAAUCAAAGAACGGAGGGAAGGAGAAGGACAAGGAGGGGGACAAAGAGAAAGACGUGAAGGAGGAGUUUGCUGAAGCGAUGAGAGACUUAAAGAUUCAGUGGAUGACAAAGUUGGACUCUAGCGCCAUCUAUGAUGAACUGAGGGAGAACUACCUGGAUUACCUCCCGCUGCAUGUGCAAAGACUGCACCAGCUGGACUCUGAAAAGGAGCGUGUGAAGCGUCUCGGAGAGGUUUCAUCAGCAGCCGACAUCGUCAUAUCCCACAUCGACCAGACGGCCCUGGCUGUUUACCUCACCAUGAAGACGGACACUCGGCCCGAUGCCGCCUCUAUCAAGACCGACAUGGAGAAGCAGAAGUCGUCUCUGCUGGACGCUCUGUGUAGGAAGGGCUGCGCCCUGGCCGACCAGCUCCUGAUGCCCGACGAGCUCCUGAUGUCGGACCAGCUCCUGAUGCCGGACCAGCUCCUGAUACCCGAUCAGCCCCCGGGGCCACAGGAUGGCGCCGCUGCUGUCUCCACGGGACCACCAACAGCAGAGGAGGAGGAGGAGGAGGAAGUUGGGGAACAGGUGGCCAUCAGUUCUGACGACAGCGUGGUUAAAGCUCUGACAGAUACGUUUUGGGAAGUGCAGAAGUGGGCGGAGCUAACUGACUCCAAGGUGUUGAUGUUUUCAUACAAACACGCUCUUGUGAACAAGAUGUACGGCCGAGCCUUAAAAUAUGCCUCAAAGAUGGUGGAGGAGAAGCCCAGCAAAGACAACAUGAAGAACUGCAUCCAGCUCAUGCGACACCUCCGAUGGACACACUGUGCCACCUUCAGUGAGAACUGGCUUCCUGUCAUGUACCCCGCAGAAUACACGCCGUUCUAGGCACAGACGCACAUGCACGCAUGAGCAAGCAUGGCCAUACAUGGUUAAAUGGAUAUCAUGUCCCUCAGGGUCACAUGAUCUAUGCAUCUGGGUUUUCAAAUUUAGAUGUAGGUGGACACCAAAAUGAAGGAUAACGCAGUGUAACUGUUUGGAGGUACUGAACACCACAUUCGGCGAGAAGGGAUCCUGUUCGCCCUGUUUUUAAAUGUCUUGUUGCACAUCACAGCUCUGCAGACCGUGUGGCACGACGGUUCAUUUGAAUGCCUCCAACAGAUGAAAAAACCCCAAAUAAUUGUGUUUACAUUUUUAAAAAGCUUCACACUUUUGACAGCCUGUAGCUCAGUACUUUGGUCGUUGGGUGUUGUCCUUUAUUUUGCUCUCACCUACACAUUUGGAAGCUUUCACAACCCCACUCAUCCUCAGCUGACUCCACUUCACAAUAACCCCAUUCUCUUGUGUAAAUACUGUAUAAGGGCCAGUGUGGACUCCAGGGAUGUAUCCCUAGUCAUAAAAAAGAAAAGAAAACUGUGACCCCAUCGACUCACACAAUCAAAUCAACAGCAGAAAAACUCACAACUGACUGUUAUGAUACUUCAGUGACCGGCCUGGAGGACUUGCUGCUGCAUGAUGUUCGGACAUAGGGGGGCACGCAGAGUCUGCCUGGUCCCUGACUUAAAAGGGAGACGGAACUUGAUAUCUUUUUUUUUUUUCUCCUUCGUUUUCUUUCUCCGAUUGUUCCAGCCGGGUUGAUAAAGUUAAUAUUUAGUCUGGUCUGUCUUUUAUAAACUCUGAUUCAUGUACCCGGAACACAAACAGUAUUGAGGUGCCUUCCUACAUGUACCGUACCCUUUCUUUCUUUUCUUUUUCCCCUGAUGGGAUGAAAAACAGUGCGAGCCUCCAGAAUCUCGAGCGCCAGUCGCAACUCAGCCUCUUGCAGUCAUUUCACUCAUCAGCCUUGUGUCAAAUGUGGUUUCACAGCUCAUAGCUGCAGCAUGAGGUGCAAGCUGUCGGGUAACAGGAAGCCACAAAUGCACCGUCUGGGCUUUGGCGUACCUCCAUAGGCGUCGGCCACCUCCUCCUGCAGUAACCUGAGCAGCGCGUUUGACGAACCAUCUUAACAGACCUCACUAGCGUAAGAGAUGCAGCGGAAGGAUGUUCAGAUUUCAUUGUGAAAUGUUCACUGAGUAUUAGAUAGUUUUCUCUUGCAGCAUUCAAAAUGUUGCAUUUGUACACAGUGUCAUAAAGUAAUGUACAUACACAGGUAACCUAAACAUAUUAAGAUGCAAUAGAGAUAUAAUACAAUUAUUAUUCCAAUUGAUGUAUUUUGCAUAUAUGCAUGUCUUCUAGGAUGUAAGGAAAAACAAUAGUUUUAUUUGGAAGCAGAUUUUUUUUGUUUGUUUUCAAUUUGAGAGGUUUUUAAUCCCAAAUGCGAUUGUGUGUGUGUGUGUGUGUGUGUGUGUGAGAGACUUAAUGUGUUACUCGUGAGCAUAUUUUGUGUCCAUGAACAUUUUCUCCCUACAGAAUUGAAAUGAUAGACGACUAGAGAGGUUAAAGCAUGAUUUAGUUAUUUUUCUUCAGAUACUUACCAUCUUAACCUUAUUCAAUUUAAAGGACAAUGCCAGUGGUUUUGUAUGUUUUACUAAAAAUCACAGCUGAACAUUUUCCAUAGGUUUUAGAAUUUCUUUAAUGGCUUUUUCUUAUCGACAUAUUGGGAGACCUUUAAGUAGUUUGCAAUAAAGGCCCUUAAAACUACAUUUCUCAAUCACCUUUUUAAUAUGAGUGAUUGGGUUCGACAUGAACACGCAAACGGUUUCAUUAUUCCUCAUUUCUGCUGUCUCACUGGGUUGAGGUGGUGCAGGUUUAUUUCUAAGCACCUAUUUAUUUAGCCUUUAUUUCAAUCAAAAUGAGAUGAUGGGGUUGUAUGUUUAUGUUGCCAUUGUUGAUUAUAAUAUGCCUAAACCACACCCACAUACUUGAUAUGAAGCAGGUUGGCUGAAAGUAUCUCUUAAGGAUACAUUUGGUGGUUGUUCAGUUGUGAAUAGAAAAUCCGACAUUAAUGCAGACUUGACGUUCACUUUGCUGAAUUAUACAACUUGGAAGAGCACUCUCCAGAUUGAGCAUUUAAAUGCUAUCACAAGACUGUUUAAAAUGAUUUUUAGUUGAUCUAAACUUGCAAAAACAAUGGCAUGGUCCUUUUGUUAAAACACCUCACCUGAUUCAUGAAACAAAUGAGGACUAUGCUAAAGAUGCAAACUACAUAUUAACCGUUUAUCUUUUACAAUUGGGAUUCUCAACCUUUUCCGCUUGUUCGGUAAAACAAAACGUUUGAGCCGUAGUUUAACCAAAGAACGAUAGGUUGGUUUAGAGAAGCACAAAGGCUGAACAUUAUCAAAUGAAUCUUCACAAUAUUGAAUAGAAGAAGGAAAUAGAUUUGCCCUCAACCCCCGGGGUAAGGUCACCUUGCAUUUCUGUUUUUAGCUCUGACUUCCUUCUCCAGGUGUGCACGGCUGCACUGGAGCCAGUUUGGUUCGUCGAGAGUUUGUGCUCAUCGUCUUUCAUUUCUGCAUCUUCUGUUUACGCCUGUGUCUUCGUCCUUUUCUUUUCCUCCUCUUUUCCUGCGUCGGCUUUGGUUCAGGCACAUGUCUACAGUAAGCGUUGCCAAUAACAGUCUCUCCAAAAAUGGCCUUAACUUCCACCACAGGACUGUACCGUCCAUUUCUGUCACCAAACAGACGUCUCUAUAUCGGUUGCUUCUUCUGGAUGUUGAGUGUUUAUAUUUGUAGUCAUAAAAUCUAGUCAAUGCCAAUAUUUUACAGAAAGUUAUACGAUAAGGUUGUAUGCUCUUAGUAUUAUUUUAUACCCAUUCUUCCUCGAUGAUGUGGGAAAGACCCGAACUGUCACACUGUGUUGUGGUCACAUGGAAUACGUCACAAACAAGGAAAACGACACUGAAUAAAAGUGAUUUGGAAGAAU